UUUCACUGCAACACUGCCUCUAACAUAGCAGAGCAACACCACUUAGAAAAAAUUUUUUGCAUGUGGAAGCAUUUAAAUCAUUAUAUUCACCUUAUGGCUACAUAAGGAUUUCUCUAAUAAAAGAAGUAUGUCAGGAAACUCUGAAUGCCAGUUUUAUGUCUGGGCAAUUUUAGUCUUCUUGGGCUUAGCUCUGGUUAUAUCACUGAUCUUCAAUAUUUCUCACUAUGUGGAAGAGCGCCGAAAAGAUAAAGAAUAUAGGUUCUCCAAUGACUACAUUCCCAGGGAGGAUGAGUAUUAUAUUGAAGACACACCAAUUUAUGGUAACCUAGAUAAUGUGGUACCAGAGCAAACAGUGGAUGAAAACUGCUAUGAACAAAUGAAAGCCCCACCACAGCGAUCUGUGAAUAAGCUAAUAGAGGUACCUCCUGCACAGGUAACCAGUGAACCAGAGAUGUUCUAUGCCUCGCUGGAUCACAGCCAAGAGAAGAAGCGCAGAAAACCCAAGAAACAGAAUUCCUACUUGUCAGACAAGACUGAAGAUCAGCACUUACAUGCAGUGCAUGCUAGUGUUUCUCAGACCACAUUAGUAGACACUUUACCAUCAGAAAACCAGACAGAAGAUGAAAGCAUUCAUGAUGAUCCCAUCAGAUUGUUUGGAUUGAUUCGUGGGAAGAAAGAACUUCUUACAAAUUAGGUAGACUACCAGCUCAGUGAUUUAGUUCUUUUUGGACGUGAUGUUACAGAAAGCAAGAUUCCCCCAUAUGGCACAGCGUGAUUAGAGAGGGUCACUAUCUUAGCAUUUGCUGAGAGUUGGUGGCUUUCUUAUCUGAAGUCUAUAUUUACACAGCCAACUGUAAUUUCAUUACUGCUAGUUAGUUGAAUUAGUUAUUUGAAUUUACUUCUAAAACACCUGUGCUGUAAAUUAUCAAAUAAAAUUAACUUUGUAAAUUGAGCCUUUUGACAAAAUUAGAACUUUGCCAAUGCUCAGAUACUAGUGAAAUAAAACGAUUUGUUAAAGCAUAAAGUUCUGAAACACCCUGAAAGAAAAUUAAGCCAAUGACAAAAACAAGACAAAUAUUUCUUGGAGUCUGGGAAGUAGCUCAGUGAGUAGGGCACAAAUUUUACAUGCAUGAAUGUUGUUAAAAUUCCGAGGCUCUAGCUGGCCGGGCUAGCUUCACGGGUGGGUAACAGAGACGACCAGAGACAUACGGCUGGGCAGGGAAGCUGUAUUUCUUUAUUCACGAACAACGAUUCAUAAACUAAGACAAACUAAUCACCAAACAGGACUCUGCUGUCUCUUUGCGGCAGCGCAAGCACUCUCUCUUACUCUGGAACUCUCCAACUCUGCAACUCUCCAACUCUGGCACUCUGGAACUCUGGCGGGCUUCCUAGGGGCGGGGCCAAGCGGGCCCAUGAAACUAACUGGACUGAUCCAAUUUUCUUGGCGGGGGAGGGCUAGAACAAACCAAUGUAAAGCAUACAACACAUGAAGAGUUUAAUCUGUGAUUCAGAUAUGACCAGAGGCAGUGCUCUGAUCUCUGUUAGUCUCUCUUUUAUAAAAUAAAUAAACAAGUAAAUCUUUAAAAUUU